AUGUUGAUAUUGUCAUUAUUAUUGAUAGUUAAGGCUGACCAAUAUUUUACUAUUUUAAGUCCAAAUACCUUAAUAUCUGAAGAGAAACUAUAAGAAAUUCAAUUUAAAAUAGCUAAUUUUGGUUAUGUUCCUUAUGGAUAAAAGAUUUCAGGUGAAUUGGAAAUAGCAAUCCCUUAUAAUUUUUGUGAACAUCAAAAUAUUACUAAAAAUUUCAAUAAUGAUAUUUCAAAUUCUAAAAUUUUACUUGUCUAAAAGGGUUAUUGUUCUAACUAUCAAAAGGUAAAACUAAAAUAUAUAAAAAUAAAAGGCAAUUAAUGCUUAAAAUUUUGGAUACGUAAUGAUGGUCAUAGUUGAUGAUAAUAGUCAAGAAUUUAUUCCUGGAGUAACAAAUAAUUCUGAAGGUAAUUUGGAUAUAUAAAUACCAACCAUUAUGAUAUAGAAAACAUAAGGAGAUAAACUUAAGGAUUAUUUAGAAUAAAUUAAUCACAAGACUUUAUAUAUAUAAGUAUUAUUUCCAGACUUUUACUAAACUGAUAAAGUUAAAUAUGAAUAUUGGUUUAGUUCAAUGGAUUAAAAAAGUUAUAAGUUUUUAAGGUAAUUUUACACAUUUCAUAUGUAAAUGAAAGAUUCUUUAGAAUUUACUCCUCAUUAUACAUUAGGACGUUGUGCAUAAUGUGCAAAAUCAGGAUUUGAUAGAAGAGAUUCUCUUUGUCUUUCUGGAGGAAGAUAUUGUGCUGCAGAUCCUGAUGGAGAUGGUCCUUUAGAUGGUUAAGAUGCAGUAAGAGAAGUUGUUAGAUAAAUUUGUAUAUUCAAAGAAGAUAAAAUUAAAUGGUGGAAUUAUGUCAUUAAAUAUAGUCAACAAUGUUUAGGAUCCUCUAUUUCUAUUGCUAAUUUAUGUUAUUAAUACGUUCUUGAAUUAGUUAAGAUAGACUAGAAGAAAAUAGAGAAAUGCUAUAAUGAUAGUUUCUCAAAUUAAAAUGAUGAAUUGCAUGAAAAUAUUCUACUUGCUUUAGAAUAUAAAAAACAUGAAGAAUUACAAAUUCGUGUUUGGCCACUACUCUACAUUAAUGAUAUAAAAUAUAAAGGCAGUCUAACAGUAUCAGGUUAUAAAUCAAAUUUUGAUAAAGGAGAUUAAGAAAUAUAUGAUACUUCUCAUUUUGGACCAUUUUAAGCAAUAUGCAAAAGUUUUACAAUUAAUUCACUUCCAGAUGUUUGUUAGAAUAGAAUGGUUGGUUAUUCAGAUUAAGAUGGAGAUUGGGUAUAUAUAUAAAAUAUAUUUAAUAGUAUGAAUAUAAAUAAGAAACUAAUACAUGGAUAGUAUGGGUUGUUGUUUUGACAAUUAUGGGUAUUUUAAUGAUUUGUACUUUGUACUUAUACAAAAGAUUAUUCAUUAAAAAAGCAAAUGAAGAAAUUAAUUAACAAGUCAAUAUAAAUUUAGCUUAAUAUUAUGCUAUGAAUGAAUAAGAAAGAAACUUGAGAAAUUGA